GAAGUGUUGGGAGGAGGAAAAUUAGUUUAUUACGCUAACGUAUUAUUUACUUGACCUGAAAGUAAUAUUAUAAAAGACGGAAAAACUUAUAACUACGCUGCAGAGAUUCAGACCUGCCAUUUUGACUGCCCCUCGGUCAGGAGACCGGAACCAAACAGCGGAACCCGGACGUUUUCCAUGUCAACACUCGCUGUUGUGUUCUGCUUUCUAAACCAGGAAGAUGGAUUUGUUGUCGAUCAAAUGGAUUGUUAAUUUGAUAGUUUGUUGGCUUUUCAUCGGUGUCGGCUGUAAUUCAGUGGAAAAGAAGAUUUAUGUGCAUCUCAAUAACACUGUCCCAUGUGUGCGACUGCUCAAUGCAACACAUCAAAUAGGCUGCCAGUCCUCUUUAUCUGGUAAUGUGGGUGUUCUCCAUGUGCUUGAGUCAGAAGAAAACCUGGACUGGGUCCUGAAGUCUGGUCCCAAUCCUCCUUAUCUGGUUAUCCUGGAGUCCCCACUCUUUACCAGAUCCAUCAUGAUGAAGCUGAAGAACGGCUCCAGCAGGGUGGCAGGCGUUGCUGUUGUGGCGCCCAAUGCAAACCCGCCCAAGGGCUUCUCCCCACAUACCACCUGUCCCAACGAGAACACAGGUGUGUAUUCGGAGGACUAUGAUCCAGCCCUCGCCCAUUGUAAUGUGACCGUGUGGAACCCUUUGGGAAAUGGUUUAUCAUAUGAGGAGUAUGACUUCCCCAUCUUCUCAAUGAAAGAUGACAAUGACACUCAGAUCAUACGGCAGUGUUACUUGGAUCAUAACCGCGCUGUGAAUGGCAGCCUUCCUCAGUACCCGCUGUGUGCCAUGCAGCUGUACUCCCACAUGUCCGCCGUCACUGACACGGCCACCUGCAUGAGGAGGAAUGACAUCAACUUCAGCAUCAGCCCAGAGAUGGUUUGUGACCCUCUGGGUGACUACAAUGUUUGGGCCUCCACCAGGCCCAUCAACAACACAGCCAAGGGCCACAAGAUGUUUGAGAGUGUGGUCAUAGCAGCAGCCAGGUUGGACAGCAGAUCUUUCUUCUUCGACAUCGCUCCAGGAGCAGAGAGCGGAGUAUCUGGCUUCGUCACUCUACUGGCGGCCGCUCAGGCCCUACGAAAUGCCACCCAGGAGGCUCAACCUAACCGCACCAUCCUCUAUACCUUCUUUCAAGGGGAAACCUUUGACUACAUCGGCAGUUCGAGGAUGGUCUAUGAUAUGCAGAACAGUGACUUUGCUGUGGACCUGGACAAUGUUCACUCAGUGUUGGAGAUUGGACAGGUGGGACUUCGUGCUGACUCCAAGCUGUGGCUUCACUCUGAUCCAGUGUCGAGGAAGAACAGCAGUGUCAACAACGAGGUGAGAAAGCUCAUUGUAAACCUUCAGACGGCUUCAGGAGGUUUGAACGUCUCAGUGGAGGAGCCACGUUUCUCCCAGCCUCUCCCACCGUCGUCCUUCCAGCGUUUCCUGCGAGCUCGGCCAAUCCCUGGCAUUGUUAUUGAGGAUCACCAGUCUGCUUUCAGCAACAGGUUCUAUGAGAGUAUGUACGAUAAUGCAGAAUACCUGAACGUAUCUUACCCACCAAACAUGACUCCAGAGGAGCAGCUCGAGUUUGUCACUGAAACUGCGAAGGCUCUCACCGAGGUGGCCACCAUGGUGGCUCGGGCGCUCUACAUUCAGGCAGGAGGAGCAGAAACUCAGCUGAGCAGCAUUAACGCAGACCCUCAAACAGUGACCCGAAUGCUUUAUGGUUUCCUUGUUCGAUCAAAUAACUCCUGGUUCCAGCAGCUUAUUCCCUCUGACCUUGCGAGCCAUCUGGCUAACAGGCCAACAAACUUCUAUGUCGGCGUGGCCCAGCAGUCCAGUGAACCGACCCUCCUGGUUCAGUACCUGUUGGCUAACCUGACUGGUAGCACUAUCAACAUCACUCAGGAGAACUGCCAGAACCAGAGAGAGGAUGAGGAGGACAAAGAGAGCAAACAUAUGUACUACUAUAUGUGGGUUCAAGGCGCGGCGCCCCCCAACAGCACACAGCGGGAGAGUUACUGCGUACGCUCCACGGUCCGUCUCUCCAAAGCGCUGUCCCCAGCCUUUGACCUGCGGGAGUACACCUCCACAGAUUAUUCAACAUGGACAGAGUCCAGGUGGAAGAGCAUCAAAGGACGCAUAUUCCUGGUGGCCAGUCACGACUUGGAGAUGUUGACGCUGGGUGUAGGUGUUGGCGUGCUGAUAACAUCCCUGAUACUGACAUACAUUAUCAGCUCGAAGGCUGACAUGCUCUUCAGCGCGGGGAGGGAGCCGACCAAUGCCACCUACUGAUCCACACGGAGACUCCACAGGCCUACGACCACUACUACUACUAUUACUACUACAACUACUACUUCUAUCCAUGGACAUGGACAGGCUCUCUUUUCUUUAAAUCACACAAGUAGGUACAGGUUAGACACAGCAGCAGUGGGAGGGUUUUUUUUUUAGUCAACGACUCCAUGUUUAUGGACUCACCGAGGUGAGGCGUGACAUGAGGACUGGACUGGACUGGAUUGGAUUGGCCUGGAUGGAUCUGGACUCAUCAGGGUCAGAAAACACUGGUCAGGCACCAGCAGGCCCUGCCAGUGAAAAGAUGUUUAUAUUCAUUUUUGUUUUCCCUUUUUUUUAAUUGUAAAAAAAAAAAGAAUGUUUUUGUUUACUGUGUCAUGGGAUAGGCACUAAACAUUGAGCAUUAUUUUGAGUGUGUGAUUGUGAAUAUGUAAAUGUGAGAGUAUGUGUGAGAAAUUGACAGUGUGUAUGAACACAGGAUGUGUGUGUGUGUGUGUGUGUGUGUGUGUGUGUGUGUGUGUGUGUGUGUGUGUGUGUGAGCACGCGUGUGUGAGGAUUGCGAUGGUAUGUGCAAUACUGUAGCCGUCUUCUCUGUCAGUGUAGUUAACUUAUCAAUCAGUUCUAAUGAUAAGGAACCACUUUUUGCGUCAAUGAACAAGUAGUUAAAUUUAAGGUUUUGCAGAAUCUGGAAAUGUGUGGUGAAGUAUUUUGAUAAGUUUUAGGUCCUGGGAUGUUGAUCCUAGAUAUUUAUAUUGUUCAGUCCCAGUACACAUAACUACACGUGUUUGUAGUUGUACAGUAGAUCCACUGCAGUUUCACGUAUUGUGAUAUUUGUGUGGCAAAGAAGAAUUUCCUGAGGGGUCUGGCACGGCUGACAAACACUUCACUUCAGCUUCAUAUCGAACAGCUGCCAAAAAUCAAAGUCGAAUCCAGUAAGAAAAUGUUGUUUCGACACUUAAAAUGCGCUGGUACUGUGGCUGUGCACUCUUUUUUGGGUUUGUAUUUUUUUCACAUGGUUUCUUUUAAUGAUAACCUCUGAAAAUUGUGACAACAGGCAAGAUGGUUUUAAUUUGUUUUUUGAUGGAUGUUCAUUUAAUGGCUGGAAUCAAUGACCAAUUGUGAUGCCUUGAUGAAGAAAUAAAUAUUGCUUCUUUUCCAGUUUA